AUGCUUCCUUCCAUAAAGAAAGCAUGUCUUAAUGUGAUGUUACGAAUGAAGGAGAAAUUGAUAGAAAUGGUUAUUGAAAUGAUAGAGAUGGAGAAAGUCACAGAUUACACGUGUGACCCCGAUUACAUUGCUUCAUGGAACAAGUUAAUGGGUAAGAGUCGUGAUAGGUUUUUGAAGGCUGUCACCAUUUAUGAUUCUGAAUGGGAAUUAGAUGAUUUUGAAACAGCUGAAUUUGAUAUGGAAGGUUAUGGGACGAUUAGAGUGGAACAUCUAUUUUCUGUUCCCUCAGAUACAAGAAAUCAAGCAUUCGAUUUAACAGUGAGAGUCACAGCUUACUGGAACAUUGUGUUGAAAAGAAUGGUGGAUUGGAUAGCUCUUGAGCUUCGUUUUGGGAUACACAAAAUGGUGAACAAGGAGAUGGAAAAGGAGAUAGUAUACGAGGUGAUGGUGCGUGGUGGUGUUAUGGAGAAGAUGCUGGAAGAACCAACAUCGGUGGCUGCAAAGAGGGAGAGGCUUCAAAAGAGUAUCAGUUUGCUCCAGGAAUCAAAAGAAAUAAUCAAUCAAGCGAUGGAUGGUAUUUGA